CACCUCCCAAACGCUCUAUAAGAAUUGUUGAGUUCUCAACGACACCUCGUUUGACGCCGCAUAAGAAGACCACCACGGAGCGGACCAACAAGAUGACCGGACCAUCCAUCACCGCCACCUCGUCCUCCGCCCCGGUGCCGCCACCACCACCAAUCACCCACAUCUUAGAAACGUGCCUGAUGGUCAAAGACAUCAGAAUCUCUACAGAUUUUUACGGGAACACGUUCAACGUCAAACCUUUCUUGGACACGCCACGCAUGUCUGGCUUCUCGCUCGGCCAGACAACGCUUCUUCUCUUCCAACUCGGUGCCACCGCUGCAGAUUCCCCUAUGCCAGACGGCCGCGGCACGAUACCUGGCCAUGGUCCAUCACAAGACAUACUCGACUUGCUCGAGCAGCGACCGGCGGCCACGGCAAGCGACAAGGCCACUACCGGCCUCCACCACCACUUCUGCCUCGCUGUCAGGACACCCGAAGACGUGAGCGCAUGGGAGGCUUGGCUCGAAGCGAAAAAUGUCAAAAUCACCGGAAAGGUCGAUUGGCCCAGAGGCGGGAGGAGCGUCUACUUUGCCGACCCGGAUGGAAAUGUAGGCGAGGUCGGCAGCCGUGGCAUUUGGGAACAUUAUUAG